AUGUGUGACCAGCAGCAGAUUCAGUAUUGCCUGCCGCUCCCGCAGUGCUGUGUCAAGGGUUCCUCUUUCUUCCCCUCUCAGUCCUCUUAUGCCAAUAGCCAGCUGGUGGCCCAAGCCCCUUGUGAUAUGCAAAUUGUGGAGUGCCCUGCACCAUGCCCAGUUCAAGUUUCCCAGGUGACCUGCCAAGCUCCGUGUCUUUCCCAGGACACACAGGUGAACUGUCAGGCUCCAAGCCAGACUAAGACCACCAAGGCGAAAUGCCAGGCUAAGACCACCGAGGUGAAGUGCCAGGCUCCAAGCCAGUCUAAGACCACUGAGGUGAAGUGCCAGGCUCCUUGCCAGGCACAAGUUUCCUGUGUUCAGUGCCAGGCUCCGUACCAGUCUGAGGUUUCCUAUGUGCAGUGUGAAGUCCCAAAUCCUGUUCAGACUUGCUAUGUAGAAUGUGCUCCAUUUUAUUAUACAGAAACUUGUUAUGUAGAACGCCCAGUGCAAACCUAUGUCCCCUGCCCAGCUCCUCAGCCUGUCCCGACUUAUGUAGAAUGUCCCCCAGUGGGCCAAACUCAGGGAAGAUUCUCCACCCAGGGCCAGUAUCAGGGCUCCUACAGCAGCUGCGUCCCCCAGUUCUCGUCGCGGGGUUCCUACAGCAGCUGUGCCCCCCAGUUCCAGUCGCGGGGUUCCUACAGCAGCUGCGCCCCCCAGUUCCAGUCGCGGGCUUCCUACAGCAGCUGCGCCCCCCAGUUCCAGUCGCGGGCUUCCUACAGCAGCUGCGCCCCCCAGUUCCAGUCGCGGGCUUCCUACAGCAGCUGCGCCCCCCAGCGGCAGUCCCGGGAUUCUUUUCGCACAUGUGCGCCCCAAUACCAGACCCAGGGCUCCUAUGGGAGCUUCACUGAGCAGCGUAGGUCUCAGAGCGCCAGCAGAUGCCUCCCUCCGAGUAGGCUGCAGCCUUCUUACCGCAGCUGUUCUCCGCCGAGGCGUUCUGAGCCCUGCUACAGCAGCUGCCUGCCAUCGAGAUCCUCUCCAGAUUCCUGUAACUACUGCACCCCUCCCCGCCUCUCUGAACCCAUCUAUGGCAGUCAGUGUUCUCGAGGUCCCGCUUCAGGCAGCUCCCAGAGAUGUGGUCCCAAGUGCCGAAUAGAGAUUUCCUCCCCCAGCUGCCCCAGGCAGGUUCCUCCACAGAAGUGUCCCGUUCAGAUUCCUCCCAUCAGACGCCGUUCCCAGAGCUGUGCCCCACAACCCUCUUGGGGUACCUCCUGUCCGGAGCUGAGGCCGCGUGUAGAGCCACGUCCACUCCCAAGCUUCUGUCCAUCACAGCGUCUUGACCAAUGUCCAGAGCCGUCACUGCAGCGAUAUCCACUGCCUGCUCCACGUUCAUCAUGUUCACGCCCACAACGACGCUCAAGUCCAGAACCCCGCCCGUGUCCUCCACCACGGCGACUUUCGGAACCUUGCUUGUGUCCGGAACCAUGUCCAGAACCAUGUCCAGAACCACGUCCAGCACCACGUCCUCGCCGAAUGCAGUGUGAAAUUCCAGAGCCACGUGCAUGCCCGCAGCCUUAUGAGCGCCCACAACCUCAUCUACUUCCAGAGCCAAUUCCCCUUCCAGCUCCUUGCCCAAGCCCAGAGCCAUGUGGGGAGCCUCAGCGCUGUCCCAGCCCACUCUCGGGCCCACAUCCGAUUCCAUACCCUCAAGACCUAGGCUGUCAUGAGUCCAGUCCACGCCGCCUAGACACCGAGGCUCCCGGCUGUGGCCCAUCAAGUUAUAACCACGGGCAAGAGAGUGGUGCUGGCUGUGGACCUGGUGGUGUGUUCGCAGAGCCACGGGAUCUGGGUGGUUGUGGAGACCAAAGAAAUACCUCUGCUGGAGUGAAAGGUGGGGCUUGUUAUGCUGGAGCAAAGGGUGCAUAUUUUUAA